GAUGAUGGGUUUGAGAUGACUGUAGCCAGCAAGGCACCACAGUAAUAACGCCGUCAUACACAAGAGGGAGGAGAGAGCAGGAAAGGGAAAGAGAGAGCGAGAGCAUCCGGCUGACAGACAGGUGAUGGUCUGCUCCGUCUGCUUACCUCCAGUCGGCGAAUGUGCUUGUGUCGACCUCGGGAACGCUUACCAUGGAACCAGAGGGGAACAACCGGCUCCUGCAAGACGUGCUGGCCAGACCGGACAACGAGACGUGCGCGGACUGCGGAAACCCAGGCCUGCUCGCUCCUUCAUCGCGGCAUCCCGCACAUCAGCAGGGUCAAGUCGAUUCAGGGCGCGUGGGAAGCCAGCGAUGUGGAGCUUCUAGCAGAUUUGGGAAACAAUGUCGCUAAGGCCAAAUAUGAGCAGAAUGUUCCAGCUUUCUACUACAGACCAACGCAUACUGACUGCAAGAUGCUAAGGGAGCAAUGGAUCCGAGCCAAGUACGAGAGGAAUGAAUUUGAGUUCAUCGAGAAGCAAGAACCUUACACUGCAGGAUACCGUGAGGGGUUUCUAUGGAAACGAGGACGAGACAACGGUCAGUUUCUCAGCCGAAGGUUCAUCCUGUCCGAGAGGGAGGGGGCCCUUAAAUACUUCAACAAGCAGGAUGCCAGGGAUCCCAAGGCAGUUAUGAAAAUCGAAACCCUCAACGCCACCUUCCAACCGGCCAAGAUUGGCAACCCCUGCGGCCUGCAGAUCACCUACCUGAAAGACAACAGCACAAGGAACAUAUUUGUCUACCACAGCGACCCUAAGGAAAUGGUCGACUGGUUCAAUGCAAUCAGAGCGGCCAGGUUCCACUACCUCCAAGUGGCCUUCCCUGGAGCAAGUAAUGAGGAGCUGGUGCCGAAAUUGACCCGAAACUUCAUGAAGGAAGGCUUCAUGGAGAAAACAGGCCCAAAGCACACAGAGGGCUUCAAGAAGAGGUGGUUCACUAUGGACGACCGACGACUGAUGUAUUUUAAAGACCCCUUGGACGCCUAUGCUCGCGGCGAAGUGUUCAUCGGCAGUAAGGAGAACAGUUACACCGUUCAGCCAGGCCUGCCCUCAACCAUUCAAGGCUACCACUGGAAUCACGGCAUCACCAUCGUCACGCCAGAUAGGAAGUUCCUGUUUGCCUGCGAGACUGAGGCUGAGCAACGAGACUGGAUCGCAGCCUUUCAGAGAGUCAUGAAUCGACCGAUGAGGCCCCAGGAAUAUGCAGUGGAGGCUCAUUUUAAACACAAACCUUGAGGCCUUAGAAAAAAGGAAGACCGCAGCAGGAUUUGACCUGGUCACUUUCGGAUCAAAAACAGACCACGGACUGUGGCUUGAGGCAAGGGGUGGGCGUUUACAGGAUUGGGUAGACCACCAUGAGGAAAGAUGACACAAGACAGGUUGACAUCAUGGAACCCGUUAUGUAGAAAACGAACAUGGGACUCAAUUCUCCUUUAGCUGAUGUGAGGACAAAGAGGGGUUUUUUUUUGCAGGAACCUGUGGGAGACAUGUCGUCCCUGUCCUGGAACUUUGUCUUGUGAAUGGUUUCACCUCCCUCAACUCUCAUGUCAUGAAUUGGUUGAGUCAUAUUGCAUUGUUGAUUUAUCGACUGCAGGGUGUGCGUGUAUGUGGGUACAUUUGAAAUGAGUUGGAAACCAUGCUAAACCUAUAUCUGCAAAGUACUGUUGAUCACAAAUAUGCAUUCAAAACACAAAUUCUCAGUGACUGGUCGCUUUUUAACAUAGCUGCGGGAACAUUCUUUUUAAGCCUAUCCAGUAUAUGACAGCUGUUGCCUUUAUUUAUUCUCUUGAACUCAUUGUGAAACUGUUACCGAUGCGUUGAAGGAUUGUAAUGUGAUGGGACUGUGUUUACGAGUGUUUUGUUUAUUUAUUUGCUCUUUUUUUAAACGAUGAUGAUCAUUUAAUCACAGUAAUUGUUUGUUUUACUGUAAAAAAACGAAUACAUAUGAACGUGUAAUGUGUUUGUUGUCUGUGUACACUCCUAAAAAACUUUUUUGUUGGCUUUUCAGUCAGCUUUCUCAGUCA